AUGGGGGACAACCACCACCUCGAUGAUAGCAGCGAUUUCACCUCCGAGGACGAAGGCACCGAGGAUUACCGCCGCGGCGGCUACCACGCUAUUCGAAUCGGCGACACCUUCAACGCCGGUCGCUAUGUCAUUCAGUCUAAACUCGGUUGGGGGCAUUUCUCCACUGUCUGGCUCGCUUGGGACAUCAAACAUUCUAGAUAUGUGGCUUUGAAAGUUCAGAAGAGUGCUCAGCACUACACCGAGGCGGCCAUGGAUGAGAUAACGAUUUUGCAACAGAUUGCGGAGGGAGACCCUGAUGAUAAGAAAUGUGUCGUGAAGCUUUUGGACCAUUUCAAGCAUUCUGGUCCUAAUGGGCAGCAUGUCUGCAUGGUGUUUGAGUACCUUGGGGACAAUCUCUUGACACUUAUUAAGUACUCGGAUUACCGUGGGUUGCCUAUCGCCAUGGUUAAGGAGAUUUGCUUUCAUAUUCUGGUUGGAUUGGAUUACUUGCACAAGCAGCUUUCCAUCAUACAUACUGACUUGAAGCCUGAAAACAUCCUGCUCUUGUCGAUGAUUGAUCCAUCUAAGGAUCCUAGGAAGUCUGGGGCGCAGCUUAUUCUUCCUAAUAGUAAAGAUAAGAUGGUGCUGGAGUCGGCAGGUGUGAAAGAUACGAAGAUGUUGAAUGGGGAUUUGGUUAAGAAUCACAAGAAGAAGAUUAAGAGAAAAGCUAAACAAGCAGCCCAUGGUUGUGUUGAGAAGGAAGCUUCUGAAGGACUUGAGGGUAAUCCUGAAACUUCUGGGGCUGUCGAGUUGUCUCCAAACACGAAUUCUGCAAGAGAACAUGCUUCCACUUCUGCAGGAACUAGUAGGUUGUCAGAUGCUGAUGGAACAAAGUUGAAAGAGCAGGGUAACAAAAGAGGAAGCCGAUCAAUGAGACAGAAAUUGCUGGCAUCAGUUGAUCUCAAGUGCAAGUUAGUUGAUUUUGGUAAUGCCUGCUGGACAUAUAAACAAUUUACUAAUGAUAUCCAAACAAGACAAUAUCGGUGCCCAGAGGUGAUCCUUGGGUCAAAAUAUUCUACAUCUGCAGAUCUUUGGUCCUUUGCUUGCAUUUGUUUUGAGCUUGCAACUGGAGAUGUGUUAUUUGAUCCUCACAGUGGUGACAACUUUGAUAGGGAUGAGGUAUGUGUAGUGUAUUUGGUUUACUGA